GGGGAUAUCGAGAGCGCACAUCCAGAGCAGCAGCGGAGCGGCUCCGUCAGAUGAAUGUAUAGCAGAGCCCAGCCAUGCCAAUAACAAGUAAAGGGUCAAGACGGAGGGCAUGGGUCAGUGGACCCUGCGUGUGUCUCUGGUGGUGGAAGCCAUUAUUUUACCUCUGCGCUGUCCUUAUUCAGUCCUCAACUGCUCACAGAACGCUGGAGCUCCAGCUGGAUGAAGAGCAGCCCGCGGGGACCAUCGUUGGGGAUAUCAGCGCUGGGUUACCACCUGGCGAAACGUCAGAUCUUUACUUCAUCUCUGACCAUGAAGAAACUGUUGGCAGUGACCUCAACAUUGAUGAAUCUACAGGCAUCAUUACCACAGCACGCCGCCUGGACCGCGAGCAGAGGGACCACUAUAGCUUCAUUGCCGUGACAAUGACGGGAGUAACUAUUGAGGUGUCCAUCACUGUCAACGACAUCAAUGACCAUGCACCGAUGUUCCCUAAAAAGAAAGCUGUGCUUAAGAUUCCCGAGCACACGGCAGUGGGGACGAGGUUUUCCCUGGAGCCUGCGACUGACGCAGACAAGGACCAGCUGACGACUCAAGGCUACGCUAUCAGAGAGGGGAAUGUAGGCCAGGCAUUCAGACUGGAGACCAAGAAAGCUGCCAACAAGGUUCUGGACCUGGUGGUGAAUGGACCACUAGACAGGGAGAAGCGCUCCUCGUACUCCCUCGUCCUUGAGGCCUUCGACGGGGGCUCGCCGAGAAGGAUGGGAUCCAUGAGCCUGGAAGUGACAGUGACGGACAUCAACGAUCACGCGCCACUGUUCAAUCAGAGCAGAUACCACGCCAUCAUCUCCGAAAGUCUUCCACAAGGAAGUAGCAUCCUGCAGGUGUUUGCAACAGAUGAGGAUGAAGGCGAUAACGGUCUAGUGUUGUAUGAAAUCAACCGGCGCCAGAGUGACCCUGAACGCUACUUUGUCAUCGACGUCAAGUCUGGUGUCAUCACGCUGAACAGACCACUGGACUAUGAACUAAAGAGGGUACAUGAACUGGUGGUCCAGGCCCGGGAUAACGCCAGCCACCCCGAGGUGACCAAUGCGUUUGUGACUAUCCACGUCCGUGACUUCAAUGACAACCAGCCCACCAUGACCAUCAUCUUCCUGAGUGAGGACGGCUCGCCGAGAAUCUCAGAGGGAGCCCAACCAGGCCAGUAUGUAGCCCGAAUAUCUGUCACUGACCCGGACUAUGGAGAGUACGCCAAUGUGAACGUGUCCCUGGAGGGCGGUGACGGCAAGUUUGCUCUUACAACCAAAGACAGCAUCAUUUACCUGAUAUACGUGGAUCAGGUCUUGGAUAGAGAGGAACGUGAUUCAUACGACCUCAGGGUGAUGGCCACAGACUCGGGCACGCCCCCUCUCAGGGCGGAGUCGUCUUUUACCAUCCAGGUGACUGAUGUGAACGACAACCCCCCUCUCUUCGACCAGCAGGCUUACAGACAAACUAUUCCUGAGGUUGUUUACCCUGGAUCCUUUGUUCUUCAAGUCACCGCGAGGGACAAAGACCAGGGUCCAAACGGAGACGUCCGAUAUAGUCUCCUCAAGGGCAAAAACUCGCACUCUAAUUGGUUUUCAAUCGACCCCGUCACGGGAAUCAUUACCACGGCAGCAGCUCUUGAUUUCGAAUCGGAGCCGGCUCCUAGUGUGACUGUGAUUGCAACGGAUAAUGGCCGCCCGCCGCUGUCAUCCACAGCCAAGGUGGACAUCGUGCUGCAGGAUGUUAACGACAACACACCUGUGUUCUCCAGCAGCCUCUACAGCGCUUCCAUCAAGGAGAACACCCCAGCUGGGACCUGCUUCUUAGAGGUGUCAGCCACGGACGAGGACCGCGGCUCCUUUGGCACCAUAAGCUACACUCUGGGCUCAGGUUCCGGAGGCCUGGCACCGGCACACUUCACCCUGGACAAGGAGACGGGCCAGUUGUGCACCAGCACAGCUCUGGACAGGGACGAGGGACUGGACAAGUUUGACUUGACGGUCACUGCAACAGAUGGAGGGGGUCUGAGCUCAGUCGCCCGCGUGCAGGUUUCCGUGGUGGACAUCAACGACAACCGACCCACUUUCUAUCCAGUCCUCUACAUGGUCAGUCUCAGCGCCCACAGUGCCCCGGGAACGUCCGUCGUCAAGGUAACAGCUAAUGACCCUGACGCUGGGGAAAACGGCAGGGUGACCUACCGCACAGUGCCUGGAGGGGGCUCCACGUUCUUCACCCUCAACAAGGACACAGGCGUGAUCUCUCUCUCGCGCUCGCUCCACGGCAAAGCCAACACGGUCAUCUCCAUGGUGAUAUCAGCUGAGGACGGUGGCGGCCUGACGGCGCCGGUCACCGCCCGGGUGAACGUGAGCGUGGUGGGAGGCUCCGUGGCGUCUCCCGUCUUCGAACAGGCUCAGUACUUCUUCACCGUGUCCGAGGACGUCCUGCGGGGGACGGCGGUGGGAGCGGUGCGCGCUGCCACCAAGACAGGCCUCUCUAAAGAUAUCUUCUACUCCAUCUCUUCCGGAGACCCUGAAGGUCACUUCACGGUGGACAGUGCCUCUGGCACCAUCCGUACCGCUCUUCCUUUGGACCAUGAAACCUGCUCCAGUCUGGACCUGGAAAUCCAGGCUCGCUCUGGCUCUCCUCCGGCGUACGGCACCAGCCGCAUACACAUCACCAUUUCGGACGUCAACGACAACGCCCCCGUUUUCCUCCCUUCGUCAUCAGAGUCCCUCCUUCUGCCCGAAAUCACCAAAAUGGGGACCGUCAUAUACCGCAUUCAAGCCACCGACAAGGAUUCGGGCCACAACGGUCAGCUCAGCUUCGACCUCCUCUCUGCUGGAGCUGCAGGCAGCAGUGGUCAGAGGACGUUUGGUGUUGACCGGGGAAGUGGGGAGGUGCGGCUGAUUGGCGGCCUGUCGUACGAAAGUGUCCCGCGCUAUGACCUUCAGGUGGUUGCCAAGGAUGGCGGCGCGCCACAGCUCAGCUCCACGUUCACCCUUGUGGUCCACAUCCAAGCACAGGAUGCCCAAGGCCCCAACUUUGACACCCUCACCUACCGCGUGGAGCUGCGGGAAAACACGGCGCUCAACACGCGUUUCCUCCAGGUCCGAGCUCUCAACAGAGAAGCUUCGGGGAACGGCGGGAGCUCCUCCUCGUCUUCUCCCUCCUCGAUCUCCUACCGCCUCAGGCCUGAUGGAGAUGCUGCCGGUUUUGGCAUCAUGCCCGACAGUGGUUGGCUCUUUGUGCGCAGCUCUCUGGACCGAGAGGUCAAAGACAUGUACCUGUUGACUGUGCUGGCCACCUCGGGCCCAGGAGGGGCGGGGAGAACCGGAAGCGCCACAGUCCGGGUGACGGUGACCGACGAGAACGACAACUCCCCCAGACUGAGCCAGGAGAGGGUGUUCCUGGCCGUCAGAGAGAACGUGCUGGCCGGCACAGGUUUCGGCAGAGUGUCCGCGACGGACAGAGACGCGGGACUAAAUUCCCGCCUCACGUACAGGCUGCUGCACACGGACAGACACUUUCAGAUCAACUCACAAACAGGGGAGAUCAGCACCCGCCUUGGCUUAGACAGAGAGCAGCAGUCCAGUCACCAGCUGGUUGUGGUCGUCCAGGACGGGGGAACGCCCCCCCGCAGUGCCACGGGCACCGCCCAUAUCACCGUGCUGGACGAAAAUGACAAUGCCCCCAGCUUCACUCACGCCAGGCCGGAACGGGAGUUGCUCCUGCAGGUGAUGGAGGGGCUUCCAUCUGGGACAGUCUUAGGGACAGUUACAGCCAAAGACCCAGACGAGGGAGAAAAUGGAACAGUGUACUACUCUCUAUCAGGCUCCAGAGCCGAGCGCUUCUCCCUCAACCCGACCAGCGGCGAGUUGAGAACGGCGUCCCCUCUAAGAUGGACAGAGCGAGCCGAGUACAUAUUUGCAGUGACCGCCGCUGACCACGGAGCGCCCGGCCUCAGCUCCACCUGCCAACUACAGAUACAAGUUCUCAGCUCCUCCAGAUCCAGCCCGAAGCCCAACCUGCUCUCGAUGACGCUGAACAUUAUCGAAGGCGUCGAUCCGGGCUCCAUCGUCGGCUCCGUCCGCCCGCACGACAAGCAGGACGCGGCCCCACUGGAAGGCCAGGUGACGUACCUGGUGGUGGGAGGCACGGACCGGGACGGUACUUUCAUGGUGGACCGCUUAAAGGGAGACGUGUACCUGGUGCGGGAGCUGGACUACGAGAGGGGCUCGAGGUACACGCUGCACGUCGAGGUGUCCGACUUCUCCCAAGCGUUUCCCAGCAGCCACCUGGUGCAGCUGGACAUCCACGUGCAGGACAGCAAUGACCACGCCCCUCACUUCAUGGAGGACCCUGUUACUAUUGUGGUCCCCGAGAACAUGGAGCCAGGGGCCUCCAUAUAUACCUUCCAGGCUGUGGAUAAGGACGGCAGUGGACCCAACAGUGAGCUACAUUACUCCAUCGAGCACCACUGGCCCGACACGCCUGACCUCCUGACCCUCGACCCCUCCAGUGGAGUCCUGACCCUCGGGCAGAAGUUGGACCGCGAGUCCACACCCUCGCUCUACCUCGUGGUGCGGGCCACGGAUCAGCCGCUGGAUCCCUCACAGAGGCGCUGGGGUUCAGUCACCGCGCGAGUGUUUGUGACGGACGAGAACGACAACGCUCCGGUCUUCAGCUCGCCGUCUGCGGUCAGCGUCAUGGAGGACCAGCCUGUCGGGUUUGUGAUUUUGUACGUGAUGGCUCGAGAUGAGGAUGAAGGUGAAAAUGGCCGAGUGUCCUACAGAAUCCAGGCAGGAAACAGUGCUGGUCGCUUUAGUCUGAACCCCAACACUGGCGCUCUGUCCAUCCUUAAAGCCUUAGACAGGGAAGAGCAGGAAAUCUUCAAUCUGACCAUCGUCACAGAGGAUCAUGGGAUACCUCAGCUGUCCACCUCUCAGGUGCUGUGCGUGCAGGUGAUCGACGUGAACGACGAGGCUCCCGUGUUCCAACAAGUAGAGUUCGAGACCCAGGUGAUGGAAGACCAAGGGCCGGGAACGACAGUGUUGACGGUGACUGCCACGGACAGGGAUCAAGGCUCUAACGGCCACGUGAUGUACGGAGGUGUGACCGAGGAGGGCUUCGUCAUCAACCCAGUCACGGGAGUGAUCACCACCACAAAGGAGCUGGACGCAGAGCGACAGGAUCACUACACUCUCACUGUGUAUGCCAGGGACGGAGGUUUGCCCCCGAACUUUGCCAAGGCUGUGGUCCGCGUGGAAGUGCAGGACGUGAAUGACAAUGCCCCGGUCUUUUCAAAGCCGUGGUACAGACUGGAGGUGCCAGAGAACCAGGCCCCUGUAGAGCUUUGCUUCCUCAAGGCGACAGACCCCGACUCGGGUCCUGGUGGAGAGCUGGAGUACAGAAUUACUGCCGGAGACUCACAAGGAGAUUUCCAACUCGACCUCAGCUCGGGAGCCCUGUCGACCUCGCGCGGCUUGGACAGGGAAACCAAGGCUGAAUACGCCCUUGAGGUGGUGGCCACGGAUCGCGGCAGCCCCGCUCUCAGCACCACCGCCACGGUGGAGGUGGUCGUCCUCGACGUCAACGACAACAGCCCCGUCUUCGGCAAGAGCAGCUACACUGUGGAUGUGUCGGAGGACGCGGCAGAAGGCACACAGGUUCUGGAGGUUUCAGCCAAAGACGCUGACGAAGGACUGAAUGGGAAGGUUCUGUAUUUCCUCAGCCGAGAGACACACGGAGCGUUCGCCGUGGACGAAAACACCGGUCGCAUAAACACGGCCGCUCCGCUGGACAGAGAGAAACGGGCGUCGUACAGUUUCCAGGUGUUUGCGCUUGACCUUUCACCGGCGGCACCCAGGAACACCUCCGCUCAGGUGAGCGUCUACAUCCAGGAUGUCAACGACAACGCUCCCGUCUUCAUCCAGGAUCCGCUGGUCAUCGAAGUGUCCAGCAGGAAUUCUCAGCGGGUUCUUGCCACGAUGAAGGCAGAGGACAAGGAUUUCGGCGCCAACGGUUCCGUGUUUUACCGUUUCGCUAUGCCAGUGAGGGGGUUUAGCAUCAACUCCUUGACAGGGGAGAUCCAGGCGACUCAGCCCCUGGGGGACCUGACUCAGGCUGAGAGGACGUUGAUCGUGGAGGCCAUGGAUCAGGGCAGUCCAGCUCAGUCUGCACAGGGUGUGGUGGUGAUUUACGUGAAGGAGGUGCAAUACAGUGGCAUUCGCUUCUCUAGGAAUGCCAGAGACGUCAGCAUCCAGGAGAACGCCGCAAAAGGCACAGCUGUGGCGCAGACUCAGGCUCAACACCCAGAUGGGACACGAAGGGGUAUCAGCUACAGCAUCUUUAGUGGAAACAGAAAACAUUCAUUCAGUAUCAGCUCGUCAACAGGUGAAAUCCAGGUGCAGAGCUCGAACGGUCUGGACUUUGAAGACACCCCCAGACUCCGUCUUGUCGUGAAGGCCGAGACCAUGUCCUCCACGUCUUUCAUGGCCGUGAACUUGAUCUUGCAGGAUGUCAACGACAACCUUCCUCGCUUUCAGCUGCAGAACUAUGUGGCCUACAUGAAAGAGACACAGGGAUAUGAAAUGCCAAUCAUACAGGUGGUUGCUGAGGAUGUGGAUCAGGGCCAAAAUGGCCAGGUGACCUACUCCAUCCAGUCAUCGGGUAUGAGCGGCUUGUUCAAGAUCGACCCGAUGACAGGAAGCAUCACCACGGCAGCCAUAAUGGACCGUGAAAUCUUUACCCAGACCAAGUUAAUCGUUACGGCAACCGACAGAGGAAGUCCAAGACUCGCUGGUUCAGCCACGCUGACGGUGAUCAUUAUCGACCAGAACGACAACAGUCCCACGAUUCCCUUACCCAAGGAAGUCCGCAUUCCAGAGAAUACACUGAUCGGCACGGAAAUCACUCUAGUGACGGGUAACGACGUGGACUCCAGUCCGGCGCUGUCUUACACCUUACAGCUGGACCCGACGGCCUCGGGCAAGUUCGGGAUCCACCGCUACAGUGGCGGCGUGUCGCUCACCGCUCCUCUGGACUUUGAGGAGAAGACGUGGUACACUGUUACCGUCAGAGCCACAGACAGCCAGCAUCAGACUGAGGCUAACAUUACAAUACUGGUGGAGGACAUUAAUGACAAUGCACCUGCGUUCACUCAUGAUCUCUACCAGGUGACUCUCCAAGAGCACACGCCACCGGGAAGUGCAGUCGUCACGGUAACGGCAACUGACAGAGACUCCGGCGACAACGGAAAGAUCACCUACAGAGUCAUGUCAUCAACUCAGGAGGGCUUCUACAUCGACCCCAACAAUGGGACCCUGUUCAUUAGUCACAGAGCCGAGUUUGAUCCCGAGCGACCCUCGAUCAGUAUUGUCAUUGAAGCUCGUGAUGGAGGCUCACCUCCGCUCUCGUCACUGACCACAGUGCAGGUUCAAAUCUCCGACGUCAACGACAACGCGCCUGUGUUCCAUCAAUCUGAGUACAGGGCUACAGUUGCUGAGGACACCAUUCCGGGAUCCACAAUAUUGACUUUCGAGGCCUUUGACAGUGACCUCUCCCGAGAAAACUGCGGCUUCGACUUUGCCAUUGCCAACGGAAACGAGGGAAACGCUUUCCAGAUCGAAAGCAGCGUGCGCUUCCUGGAGGGGCGGGGAUUUCAGACUGUUGGGACUCUGCUGUUAGCAGAGGGGCUUGACUUUGAAACCAAGCCACUCUACAACCUCACUGUGGUCGUGUCGGACCGCGGCGUGCCCCAGAGGAGCUCGACUGUCGCUGCCGUGAUAACCAUCGGCGAUGUGAAUGAUAACUCUCCGGCGUUCGGCAGUGCCGAAUAUACCGUGUCGUUAAGUGAAGGAGCUGAAGCCGGGACAGAGAUCAUACGACUCACAGCUACAGAUCCGGACUCAACCCCCAAUGCUGAGGUCCAGUAUACUAUCAGCUCUGGUAAUGAGGUGAACUUAUUUACUGUGGACCAGUGGACUGGCGCGCUGCGGCUUCAGCGGGCGCUUGACCGAGAGCACCAGUCCACUCACGUCAUCAUCGUCCAGGCCGCGGACGGGCAGGGACACUUCACGCUAGCUCCGGUGAUUGUGGAGGUCAAAGAUAUCAAUGACAAUCAUCCCUUCUUCCCCGUGGAAGUCCUGACCGCGAGCAUCAGAGAAAACCAGCCAGCCAACUCGGCCGUUACCGUUCUCCACGCCAUUGACCAUGACACGGGUGUUUUUGGUCAGCUGAAGUAUUACAUGGUGGAACGGUCGAGGGUGGGAAGAGACAGCUUCACCGUGGACCAGAGCUCCGGAGAAAUCAGGAGCAGAAUUGCCUUCGAUUUCGAGAAGGUCAACUCCUUUAACUUUGUAGCGAUUGCAGUUGAUUCAGGCAACCACACGGCCACUGUGACUGUACAGGUGUUUGUCACAGGUGAGGAUGAGUAUGAUCCGGUCUUCACAUCCUCUGAUUUCAACUUUGAAGUCCCCGAAGAAGCUAAAAAAGGCCAGAGCAUCGGCCAGGUCCAAGCCAAUGACGAGGACGGAGGUGUGGAUGGUAUUGUUCUCUACUCACUUCCGGCCAACUCUCCAUAUUUUGAUGUAAACAAAACCACGGGGGUGAUUUAUCUCAAGGUGGAUAGUUCAGGCAGCAGUGGGAGCAGUGGGUCGGGCCGUGCCAGAAGAGAAGCCCGGCUGAUGAAUCUUGAUGUGAGAGCUCACAGUCCUCUGGAUGCAUCUCGCACUUCUACAGCCCAGAUCUCCAUAGAUGUCACAAACACCAACUUUGGCCUGGCACCUGAUGUGAACAUCCUGCUUAUUAGCAUCAUCGCAGUUUCCCUUGGUUUCAUCGUAUUGCUGGUGAUCAUGGCAGUGGUGGUGUUCCUCGUGAAGUCACGGAGAAGAAAGAAAGAUCAGGAUGCAGCAAACCGAACUGCGUCUUCGGGAACUGCUCUGCAGAAACUAGAUGACUGCAGUUCAGGACCUGGAGCUGAAAGGAUCUACCACCAGGCCUUGCCAGGCUACGCUGGAGAUCAGGGUGGAGCUGGUGGCGGUCCCUACACAAGAGGGGGCUCUUUGGAUCCUUCUCACUCUAGUGGAAGAGGAUCAGCUGAAGCAGCAGAGGACGACGAGAUCAGGAUGAUAAACGAGUAUCCCCGCGUGGCCUCCAUCACCUCGUCAAUGCAGGAGCACAUCUCAGCCAGGGGACCAGACUCUGGAAUUCAGCAGGAUGCUGACCAGCUCUCAGAUAUUUCCUGUGAACCUGCAGCUUUGGAGGGCAGCACUUGGUUCAAAGGAAAGAAACUUGGUGGAAGUCUCAGUGGGACCUUGCUCUCUGGCCAGCUCCCAGUGUACAGGGACGAGGGCAGUGGAUACCUGGGAGUAGGCCGUGGCCUCAACAUGACUUUGCCCAAGGAUUACGCCUUCCCUGAAGAUGGUAAACCUUCAGUGGACGGUUCCCUCACAGCUAUUGUUGCCAGUGACGAGGAGCUCCGUGGAAGCUAUAACUGGGAUUAUCUGCUCAACUGGUGCCCACAGUUCCAGCCUCUAGCAAAUGUUUUUACAGAGAUCGCGAGGCUGAAAGAUGAAACUGCGCAGCAGAGCCAAAACCCUCGCCAGCCCUUUCACCCGAAGCCCAAAAUGGACCCCAAACCUAGAAUUGACCCUCCACCACUCAUCACAUCCGUAGCCCAUCCAGGGGCAAUGUCGGUCCCACCAAAGGUCCCCGUGCCUGUAAUUGGACGGACAUUCCCCCAUUUGGCCUCGCUUCGCAGGUCCCCUAUCAGUCACGAGGGGUCCAUUUCAUCAGCAGCGAUGUCCCCCAGCUUCUCCCCAUCUCUGUCCCCCCUGGCAGCUCGAUCUCCAGCGGUUUCGCCCUUUGGAGUCAACCAAGGUCCUUCGGCAUCCAUGAUCAGCACCAGGGAGCCCUCACUGGACCGGAGUCCUGAUCAUGAGAUGAGAAUAUGAUGUAAAAAUAUUAGAAGACUAUUUAAAGUAGGACAUUAAAGACAGACAACCAGAAUGACUCUGAACUGGAAGGGUUCACAUGUGUCCGGAGUUCAAAUGCCUGACCACUUUUCUGGACAAUAAAAACAAAAACAUACUUAACCUCCUCCUGGUGGAAUAUGUGCUUUGGCGUAAUUCCCUUGGUCGCCACAGGAACUCACCAAAGUGGAACAUGUGCCUGGGUUGACUGGACCAACCCACCAUUCCACAGUGACGCAGGUCUCCGAGAACUGAUCAGGGUUGAGAGGUGGAGUGACCUCUUUAUGGGACUGCGCGUCGAGCUUGCCCUGCAGUCAGAGAUCCUUUAGUGUGUAGAUAAAUAGAUAAAUGUGUAGUUUCCGUGUUUUCUCACUGGCUGGCCAGGGAGUUAAGGACCUAGUUUCUCUCUUUUACACUCCAGUAUUAAACUCAUCUAGUGGCUGCUUUCAAACUGAUGGACAUGACGACCAGUGGGUUCAAUUGCCAACGCAUCGUACAGAGGAAUCGCAAUGGAGAUGGUUGUGUUUUUUUUACUCACCAAUACAAACAACACUUCUUUUGAUUUUGAUUUUUUUAUACUUUUGUAUGAAAUUAUGAGUUCAGAUUUCCAGAAAUGCCAUUAUUCCACGUGGAGAGGUUAUUGUUUUUGUUUCUGUGCAUAUUGUGUAUAUUUGUAUGUAUGCGGACUACAUUAUGUACUGUAUGUGUCUCCUUGGUUUUUAGAGAUUCCUGUGACAGUUCUGUUGUGAGUGAGAGGGAGACAUUCGUGUUUUUAUCAUUAUUUAUAUGAAAAAUGACUUUCCUGCCCAGUUACCCGUACAUUUUUUAAUAAUUUUUUUUUUUUGUCAAAUUGUAGAUCUCUCUAAAUCCAAAAAACAUCUUGGUCAAAAACGAAAUGCCUACUUCUGCUGUAAUACACAACAGCACAUCCCCUUUGUUUUUCAGGGACAGCUAAAUUAACUGGUCACCUCUGUGUCUUUAAAAAAAAACAAACAAACAAGUGCUUCCUUAAGUCAGUUACGCCAGUCAUUAUCUUAAAUUCAUUUUUACUGUGAAAUUCUUCAUCUCAGCACAAUGGUAUUAACAUGCAACGAACGGUAGAGGAAACGUGGCAAAGGUUGUGGAAAAGUAGCACACGUGCAAGACAAAGCGGAAACAAGGGCCUAAAUGCAUGAACCCUAAUGAAUGUACAAGGAUUUAGCAACCAGUGCAGUAUUUAUUUUCAUGUGAACUCUGUGUUCCGUGCAUUUUUAUUCCCGUUCUUCUCACAUCGAGACGUUCAACGACACAAGGAGGUGUUUUCGCGUUCCAUUUAGCGACACCUUCUCUCUUUUCUCUCUGCUGUUGAAUGUCUUUUUUCAUGUGCAUUUUCUUCCCCCUUUCUGGCCUGUUUUUAAUCUCUUCGGGGUGAUUGCAUAUUGGAUGUCUUCUUGUGUUCAAAAGAUGGCAACUACCUCUGUUCUUUGUUCACCAUAGCUGUACAAAUUGAACCGUGCAAGGCUGACACUGGUUCCUUUAGAAGCUACACAUGCCACAUGAGCCUAACUCUAGCACAACAUGUUCUCGACUCAUAAUCACGCUGUGUCAAAAGCAUUUUCGGCAUUGGAGGACGUCCAUUUGGAGUUCACUUCAAGAUGAAUGCCAGUGACUGAUCAGUGGAGCAAUGACAGAAAAAGAAAAAAGAAAAAAAGAGCUGUAUAUGUAUUUAGAGCAAAUAAUAAAUUCCGACUGAUCUCUUUUGACAAA